CUUGUAGUGCCUAUCCACCCACACAUAAAACUAUUUUAAAUCAGAUAAUUUAGUCUGAGUGAAACGACUGUGGAUGGAGGCGCCUCUGCUUGAAGGCGAGGUUGUUCUGAUCGGAUACGACGGAGACUACGCGGCGGCGGUGAAAGGGGUGAAGUCAUGGUGGAGGCUCUGGUGCAUAGAGUCGGCCAAGUUGUGGCGAAUCGGCGGCCCUAUCGCUUUUCAGAUAGUCUGUCAGUUCGGAAUGACUUCCGCCACCACCGCCUUUGUUGGCCAUCUCGGCGAUAUUCAGCUCUCCGCCUUCUCCAUCGCCCUCUCUGUCGUCAGCACCUUCGCCUUCGGCUUCUUGCUUGGCAUGGGGAGUGCUCUAGAAACCCUAUGCGGGCAGGCGUUUGGCAGCGGGGAAGUUGAGAUGCUCGGGGUUUAUAUGCAACGAUCUAUUGUUAUUCUCUUAGGGACUUGCGCCCUCCUCUCGCCUCUCUACAUCUUCGCCACUCCCAUUCUGAGAUUACUCGGCCAGAAGGAGGAGAUCGCUGCCCCUGCCGGAGUCUACACCCUUAUGAUUCUCCCUCAGCUCUGCUCCCUCACUAUCACUUUUCCCACUCAGAAAUUCCUGCAAGCACAGAGCAAAGUCUCUGGGCUUGCAUGGAUUGCUGCAUUCUCUCUGGCUUUCCACAUCCUUCUGUGUUGGCUAUUCGUUUACGUUCUUGGGUGGGGAGCCACUGCUGCGGCUGUGGCUUUCGAUCUCACUAGUUGGGGCACUGCGUUUCACGAGAUUUGGGGCUUCUUGAAGCUGUCGUUGGCGUCUGCCAUUAUGUUGUGCCUGGAGAUUUGGUACAUGAUGAGCAUCAUCAUCCUCACUGGUCAUCUUGAUAAUGCAGUCACGGCCGUUGGCUCACUUUCGAUAUGCAUGAAUGUUAACGGUUGGAAAUCCAUGGUUUUCAUAGGAGUCAAUGCUGCUAUAAGCGUUCGAGUGUCAAAUGAGUUGGGCAUGGGGCACCCUCGAGCAGCAAGAUACGCAGUGUACGUGACCCUCCUGCAGUCACUAGUGAUAGGGAUUGUCUGCAUGAUACUUGUGCUUGCAACUAGAAACCACAUCGCUCUCAUAUUCACCGACAGUCAAGAUAUGCAGCGCGCAGUAGCUCGCCUCUCCGGCCUACUUGGGAUCACCAUGCUUCUCAACAGUAUUCAACCGGUCAUAUCAGGUGUGGCCAUAGGAGGAGGAUGGCAAGCCCAAGUAGCUUACAUAAACUUGGCAUGUUAUUACGUCUUCGGUCUACCCCUUGGUUACGUUCUCGGUUAUGUGGCCAAUCUCGGAGUCGUGGGACUGUGGGGAGGAAUGAUAGCUGGAGUUGGUUUACAAACAUUACUACUCUUGCUGCUUCUUUACAGAACUAACUGGAAUAAAGAGGUAGAGCAAACGACAGAACGCAUACGAAAAUGGGGAGGUCAACACAUCAAAAAAUCAACAAUUCCUAUCAACCAUGGAAUAAUAUAGCACACCAUUUUCUUUAACCGUAAGUAUCAACUUUUAUAGUUUUAUUAUUGAAACUUCACUCCAAGUCCAAAGGUGGAGUCGUUA